AGGAAAGGCAGUGUUUUCAUUAAAAAAAUAAAGUUUUGAACGAUAUAGCGAAGUGUUUGUGCGUGAAAUGGAAGGAGAUAAUACGAUGCCAAUAUUUGUGAAAAAAAUAGUGUUGGAGCGCAUAAAAGCUGCUGCUACGGAUUGUGCAAAAGCGGCAGUCGCAGUAAAGCUUCGUGCAUCGAAUUGUGUAAUUUUUAUUUUAUUUCUUUCCCUAAACCAUAUAUACAAUUUAGAAAGGGUGAAAUUAAUAAUACGAGUAUAAAGUUCCACUUACAAAUGUGUGAAGCAUGCGGGAAAUGCAACAAAUGGGUGAAGUUGUGUGGACGUAAAGAUUCCAAGUUUAAGUCAAUCAGGAACAUCACCAAGGAUACAUAUAUUUGUUCUUUACACUUCUUUGGAGAAUCUGGACCUACAUAAGAGUAUCCAGACCCGAUAGAAUGUCGACCGAAAACGAUAAAAGAGAAAACACAAAAGUCUUGAAGGAGCUUGGAGCAAAAGUAUCAACGAUUCUCAUUGAAGUCUGAGGAAUCUACUUCUAGUAUAGGGAGCAGUUGCUUUACUGGAGAAGAGAAGAGCCGAGAAACGAAUUCAACUGAUGUCGAACAGUAUUUUUCAGGCUUUUUCUUCUGCAGAAACACAGACAAAUUUUGAGACUCUUCAAGAACUUGAAGGGAUGGAAUCUACAACCGAUGGUAAGAUAAUCAUUUCCGUCUCUGUAGGAACGCAAACAGAUUUUGAGGAUUUUGACGAAUCUAAGGUGGUGGAAUCUCAAAGUACCAUGAAAGUACCUAAAGUUAGAUCUACAGGCAUUCAGACAUUAAAGCGAUUGAUCGAGCCACUUGUCAUUCAAGAAUCAUUGAAAAAUCCCUGUUCGAUGAGUAAAGACCUCAUUUGAGAAAAUUGAAAGUCUCCUGCUCAGCGAUUCGAAGAUUCUUUAAGAAAUGAUAAUGAUAAAUGUAUUUUUUACACAGGUUUACAUUUUAAGUACAUCAUGGUUAUAAUGUCGUUCAUCGGCGAUGUCGCGAAUAGUUUAGAUUACUGGGGUUCGAGUCGUAAAAGUAAUGCUAACGAAAAACACAAAGCGAGACGUAAAUUAACACCUUUGCAGGAAUGAAUUCUUGUUCUUACUCGCUUAAGAUGUGAGUUACUUCUCGAAGACAUGUCAUACGGGUUUGAAGUUAGCGUUGGGCUAUUGAGCUCUAUAAAUAUUACAUGGAUCCAAUGUUUGUAUCUGCAUUUUUCGACAAGAUUAAGGCCAAAAAUAUUUGCCAUUCGCCGGCAAGUAGCAAAAUUUUUACCGAAAAUAUUUCGAAACAUUAAAAACCUUCGAGUUAUUUUAGACUGUACUGAAUUCUUUUGCGAGGCACCCGCGAAUUUUGAGCAUCAAGGAAAUUUGUAUUCACAGUAUAAAGGUCAUACGAUAUUUAAAGUUUUACUUGGCUGUACUCCGAACGGUGCCAUAAGCUUUCUUUCUGACGUUUAUGAAGGGGCAAUUUCAGAUCGCGAAAUCGUCAUUAAAUCUAAACUAGUAGAUCUUUUUCAACCCGGCGACGUUGUUCUUGCAGAUAGAGGCUUUACUAUCGAAGACCUUGUCGAAAGUGUAGGCGCAUCUCUGAACAUACCACCAUUCCUUAGACAAAGAAAUCGUUUUACAGCACAAGAGGAAGUCGCAACGAAGAAAGUUGCUAAAGAACGCAUUUACGUUGAACAUGCAGUAGGUAGACUAAAACAGUUUCGCAUUUUACAAAGGUCUAUUGCAUUAAGCAUGAGAGGAAUAAUAUCGCACUUAGUGUUUGUUUACGCAUGUCUUGUAAAUUUUCAAGAAUCAAUUGUAUAUGACGAGGGUUAAGUUGUAUAUUUCUCAUUAAGCCGGUAAUAAGCGUUGAAUAAAGAAUAA